UCGUUAUUCUUGACCUUCCCUUUCAAUUGGCCGGAAUCAGUCUGUCGUGUAGCUGCAAGCUACAUUCUUCUAAAAGUAGUAGAAAAUGCACUUAUCUCCGCUGUAAAUGGUAUUGCCAACGAGGUAUUUACCAAAGUGUACAUAUAAAGUCGUCUUUUUACGGGAACAAUGGUGAAGUACUUUGCCUGUGUGGGUCUUCUGAAAAGUUCCUGGGACCAAGUCUGCAUCGCUUUCUGGGAGCGAUACCCCAACCCCUACAGUAACCACGUCCUGACGGAGGACAUCAUCUUCAGGGACGUAACUCCCGGUAACCGUCUGGUCUCUAGGCGACUGCUGACCAAAACUAACCGCGCCCCUCGCUGGAUGGAGAAGUACCUGCCGGUUACCAUGGCCAGGCACGCCUACAUCAUCGAGGAUUCCAUCGUGGACCCCCAGAACAGAACCAUGACAACGCUGACUUGGAACAUCAGCCACGCACGCAUGAUGUCUGUGGAGGAGCGCUGUGAGUACAGAAUUAACCCUGACAACACCAGCUGGACGGAGAUUAACAGAGAGGCCUGGAUCUCGUCUAACCUCUACGGGCUCUCCAGAGCUAUACAGGAAUUCGGCCUUGCCCGGUUCAAGACCAGUGUUACGAAGACCAUGAAAGGGUUUGAAUACGUCCUGGCCAAAAUGCAAGGUGAGGCCCCCUCCAGGACCAUGGCUGAGCAUGCUACAGAGAGGGCCAGGGAGACGGCUCUGGCAGCCAAAGAGAAAGCUAAAGACCUGGCCUCACAGGCUCACAAGAAACAACAGUAUGUCUGAGCUGCCGGUGUAGGGUGAAGUUUCCCCUAGAUGCUGAUAUGGUUAAGAUUAGGAUUGGGGGCAGGGGAAUCUGAUCCUAAGUGUCUUCCUAGAAACUUUAUCCUGGAGCCUGAGGUGCCGGUGGGAGGAAGUAGACAUUGGCCCAUGUCAGACCUGCCUGGAUUCAAAGACUAUUCAGGAAUAAUUUCAAGUACUUUAUCUGGGAUCGAUUUUGAAGUAUGCCUGGUACAAUGGAACCAAUAGAAUACUGAAAAAACCCUGCUCAUUUGGCACUCCAGGCAGACUCAAGCAAUUACAAAAAAGUAAAUAAAUAAAAAUGUUGAAUAGUAUUUGAUCCCAGAUCUGUUUGGCCCUAACUACUUGUCCAGAGUCAGAUCUUAUUUCCCCCCCCCCUUAAUGAUUACAUUUGGAGGUAGGGGAAUCUGAUCCCAGAUCUGUGAUUAGGGUUGCAAAAUUCCGGUAACUUUUCCAAAAUUCCAAGUUUUUCCAGAGAUACCAGUUGGAAGAUUCCCGGAUCAAGAGGUAAUACGCAUGAAAUCUGAAAUCCUCCAACCAGAAUUUCUGGAACAUUUCUGGAAUUUUGUAAAUGCUUUGGUAAUGUUGCUCCACUAGGUUUGACUGAGCUAGGGCAUGGACCGUUCAAGCUUGAUUUGGUAAUGUUGCUCCACUAGGUGUGACUGAGCUAGGGCAUGGACCGUUCAAGCUUGAUUUGGUAAUGUUGCUCCACUAGGUGUGACUGAGCUAGGGCAUGGACCGUUCAAGCUUGAUUUGGUAAUGUUGCUCCACUAGGUGUGACUGAGCUAGGGCAUGGACCGUUCAAGGUUGAGGUGGUAAUGUUGCUCCACUAGGUUUGACUGAGCUAGGGCAUGGACCGUUCAAGGUUGAGGUGGUAAUGUUGCUCCACUAGGUGUGACUGAGCUAGGGCAUGGACCGUUCAAGCUUGAUUUGGUAAUGUUGCUCCACUAGGUGUGACUGAGCUAGGGCAUGGACCGUUCAAGGUUGAGGUGGUAAUGUUGCUCCACUAGGUGUGACUGAGCUAGGGCAUGGACCGUUCAAGCUUGAUUUGGUAAUGUUGCUCCACUAGGUGUGACUGAGCUAGGGCAUGGACCGUUCAAGCUUGAUUUGGUAAUGUUGCUCCACUAGGUUUGACUGAGCUAGGGCAUGGACCGUUCAAGCUUGAUUUGGUAAUGUUGCUCCACUAGGUGUGACUGAGCUAGGGCAUGGACCGUUCAAGCUUGAUUUGGUAAUGUUGCUCCACUAGGUGUGACUGAGCUAGGGCAUGGACCGUUCAAGCUUGAUUUGGUAAUGUUGCUCCACUAGGUUUGACUGAGCUAGGGCAUGGACCGUUCAAGCUUGAUUUGGUAAUGUUGCUCCACUAGGUGUGACUGAGCUAGGGCAUGGACCGUUCAAGCUUGAUUUGGUAAUGUUGCUCCACUAGGUGUGACUGAGCUAGGGCAUGGACCGUUCAAGCUUGAUUUGGUAAUGUUGCUCCACUAGGUGUGACUGAGCUAGGGCAUGGACCGUUCAAGCUUGAUUUGGUAAUGUUGCUCCACUAGGUGUGACUGAGCUAGGGCAUGGACCGUUCAAGCUUGAUUUGGUAAUGUUGCUCCACUAGGUGUGACUGAGCUAGGGCAUGGACCGUUCAAGCUUGAUUUGGUAAUGUUGCUCCACUAGGUGUGACUGAGCUAGGGCAUGGACCGUUCAAGCUUGAUUUGGUAAUGUUGCUCCACUAGGUGUGACUGAGCUAGGGCAUGGACCGUUCAAGCUUGAUUUGGUAAUGUUGCUCCACUAGGUGUGACUGAGCUAGGGCAUGGACCGUUCAAGCUUGAUUUGGUAAUGUUGCUCCACUAGGUGUGACUGAGCUAGGGCAUGGACCGUUCAAGCUUGAUUUGGUAAUGUGGCUCCACUAGGUGUGACUGAGCUAGGGCAUGGACCGUUCAAGGUUGAGGUGGUAAUGUUGCUCCACUAGGUGUGACUGAGCUAGGGCAUGGACCGUUCAAGGUUGAGGUGGUAAUGUUGCUCCACUAGGUGUGACUGAGCUAGGGCAUGGACCGUUCAAGCUUGAUUUGGUAAUGUUGCUCCACUAGGUGUGACUGAGCUAGGGCAUGGACCGUUCAAGCUUGAUUUGGUAAUGUUGCUCCACUAGGUUUGACUGAGCUAGGGCAUGGACCGUUCAAGCUUGAUUUGGUAAUGUUGCUCCACUAGGUGUGACUGAGCUAGGGCAUGGACCGUUCAAGCUUGAUUUGGUAAUGUUGCUCCACUAGGUGUGACUGAGCUAGGGCAUGGACCGUUCAAGCUUGAUUUGGUAAUGUUGCUCCACUAGGUUUGACUGAGCUAGGGCAUGGACCGUUCAAGCUUGAUUUGGUAAUGUUGCUCCACUAGGUGUGACUGAGCUAGGGCAUGGACCGUUCAAGCUUGAUUUGGUAAUGUUGCUCCACUAGGUGUGACUGAGCUAGGGCAUGGACCGUUCAAGCUUGAUUUGGUAAUGUUGCUCCACUAGGUGUGACUGAGCUAGGGCAUGGACCGUUCAAGCUUGAUUUGGUAAUGUUGCUCCACUAGGUGUGACUGAGCUAGGGCAUGGACCGUUCAAGCUUGAUUUGGUAAUGUUGCUCCACUAGGUGUGACUGAGCUAGGGCAUGGACCGUUCAAGCUUGAUUUGGUAAUGUGGCUCCACUAGGUGUGACUGAGCUAGGGCAUGGACCGUUCAAGGUUGAGGUGGUAAUGUUGCUCCACUAGGUGUGACUGAGCUAGGGCAUGGACCGUUCAAGGUUGAGGUGGUAAUGUUGCUCCACUAGGUGUGACUGAGCUAGGGCAUGGACCGUUCAAGCUUGAUUUGGUAAUGUUGCUCCACUAGGUGUGACUGAGCUAGGGCAUGGACCGUUCAAGCUUGAUUUGGUAAUGUUGCUCCACUAGGUUUGACUGAGCUAGGGCAUGGACCGUUCAAGCUUGAUUUGGUAAUGUUGCUCCACUAGGUGUGACUGAGCUAGGGCAUGGACCGUUCAAGCUUGAUUUGGUAAUGUUGCUCCACUAGGUGUGACUGAGCUAGGGCAUGGACCGUUCAAGCUUGAUUUGGUAAUGUUGCUCCACUAGGUUUGACUGAGCUAGGGCAUGGACCGUUCAAGCUUGAUUUGGUAAUGUUGCUCCACUAGGUGUGACUGAGCUAGGGCAUGGACCGUUCAAGCUUGAUUUGGUAAUGUUGCUCCACUAGGUGUGACUGAGCUAGGGCAUGGACCGUUCAAGCUUGAUUUGGUAAUGUGGUCGGGAGGCUUCGUAUGACUUCCGGCGCUUCCGGAGGCAUGCAGUCUAAAUCAAACUCUGUAACGCAUCGCCAUGCGCCUCUCAAAUGUUGUAACAAUGCAGAGAGCUCUGUAUAGCUCCGCGUUGACAUGAUUGGUUGACGGUAAGCGGGGGGGGG